GCGCUGUCUCCCGAGACCCCCGGCUAUCCAGCCGCCAUCCGUGGGCCUCAGGUUUCCCACGCAGGGAGAGAGGAGAUUGGGCACCCGGGCCUAAGGGGUACUCGAUCUUUGAGCCCAGAAUCUUCUCUUUUCUGCAGCUCCUGGACGGACUAGUGUUACCCUGCCCCAUGGACGCCUCUUCUGGCCCAUGGAAUCCAGCCCCAGCUUCCAUCAGCAGCCCUCCCUUGCUGCUCCCCAUCCCGGCUAUCGUCUUCAUCGCUGUGGGCGUGUAUUUGUUGCUGCUGGGCCUAGUGCUGCUGACUAGGCACUGCCUGCUGGCUCAGGGCUGCUGCACAGACUGCAGCUCCCCUUGCAGGAAACAAAGUGCUUCAGAGACCCAAGACUGUUGCUGGAGCUGCGCAGAAGCCUGUGACUUCCCCCUGCCCAGUCCAGCCCACUACCUGGAUGCCUGCUGUCCUCAUCCCGGCGAAGCUGGUUGGGCCCCUCGAUGCCCUCCAUGCUGCCCAUUGUGUGACUGUGCCUGUGCCUGCCAGCUUCCGGACUGCCAGAGCCUCAACUGCCUCUGUUUUGAGAUCAAGCUCAGAUGAAGGAUGGGGUU